ACUUCUCUCUUUAACUGCAAAAAUCCCCUCACAGUAUUAGGAAACCACAUAUGCUGUCAAACAGCUAUGGCAGAAGCCAAGCAAGGAGGCGCUGGGGUGUUUGCCAAAAAUGUCCAAAAGAGAUUCUCCCGUGCACAAGAAAAGGUUCUACAAAAGUUGGGAAGAACAAUAGAAACCAAGGAUGAGCUGUUUGAGCAGUGUGCUUAUGAUUUCAACAAGCAGCAGAAUGAAGGUAACAGGUUGUAUAAGGAUUUAAAGGCAGCUUUCAGUGCUGUGAAAGCAAUGCAUGAAAGUUCUAAGAGAUUAUCAGAAACCCUUCAAGUCAUCUACAGACCAGACUGGGAUGGAAAUGAUAACCUGAAAGCAAUUGUAGAGAACAAUGACCUUCUCUGGAGUGAUUAUGAGGAGAAAUUAGCUGACCAGGCCGUCCACAUCAUGGAGAAUUACAUGUCUCAGUUCUUCGACAUGAAGGAAAGAAUAGCUAAGCGUGGGAGAAAACUGGUGGAUUAUGACAGUGCAAGACACCACCUGGAGGCAUUGCAAAAUGCUAAGAAGAAAGAUGAGGCAAAAAUUGCAAAGAAAUCGAGACUCAUCAGACCAGGCAACAUUUUUCCAGUCUUCAACAGUCCAAUUUUGGCAGAAGAGGAGUUCAAUAAAUCUCAGAUUAUAUUUGAAGAUAUGAACAAAGAAUUAAGAGAAGAGCUGCCAAUUCUCUUCAACAGUCGAAUUGGAUGUUAUGUGACUAUUUUCCAGAAUAUUUCCAAUCUUAGCGAUGUUUUCUACAAGGAGAUGAGUAAGCUGAACCAUGACCUAUAUGAAGUUAUGAGUAAACUAGAGAGACAACAUUCCAACAAAGUCUUUGUUGUGAAAGGAGUCAAAAGUAAAAGAAGUUCACUGCUGAUCUCAUCACCCAUAAGUUCUUCCAGCUCCUUUUUUAUGGCUUCAGUAGACCCAGGGACAAGUAUUUCAAUUAGUGACAAAGGUUCUUUCAAUGAGAACUCUGAGGCAAAUAUCAUAUCUCCAACGUCAAAUGACUCCAACACAGAUGAAAACAUCUCUACUUCAACUGAUGACAUGACUCGUGAGGAAUCUCACAUACUUACAGAUACUGAACAGUUGGAAGACUCUGUAAGUCAGAACACAGAAGAGAAUGUACAGAAUGAUACAUCAACAUCUAAAGAAACUAAAGGCUUGGAGACCAGAACAGAUAGUGACUCAAAUUGUGACCCAAAGGAAAUGUCUCUAAAAGAUCAAGGGGCAAUAGAUGACAAGGUGUCAGAAUGUGUAACACAGAAAAACAUUGACCUCAUUAAACAAACUGGAACUGAAGAAAAGUCAACUCUUGAUAGUCCAGGCCAUUCCAGUAAAAUAAUUAGAGACGAAAAAGCCCAAGAAGGUUCCAGUGAUGCAAAGCAAGUAGAAACUGAGGAGAUAAAAAUUGGAGACAGUGAGAAAGUUACAGACAGCACACAAGAUAGUUUGGUUGACAGUACCAAGAGAGAAUUGGAAGAAUCAGAAAAUAGAAAGGAAAAUAAUUCCAGAGAAGUAAACAAAGAGGAUGUCGAAGACAAAAUAAGAAGUGAUCAACAUCAUGUUGGAAUGGAGGGCCUUAGAACUGAAGUGCCUACAGAAUCUGAAAAUAUAUCUGGAGGCAAUGAUUCUGAUAGACAGACAAAACCAUGUUCUUCUGUGAAAGAUCCCUGCCAGCCAUGUCCAACUAAUGAUGUGAAGAAAAUUUCAAAUGAUAAACCUUGUUCUUCUGUGCCAAAUCCCUGCGAACCAUGUCCAACUGAUGAAGUAAAGAAUUCAAGUGAUGAACCUUCUUCUUCUGUGCCACAUUCCUGUCAAACAAGCCCAACCGAUGAAGUAAAGAAUACAAGUGAUGAAUCUUGUUCUUCUGUGUCAAAUCCUUGCCAACCAUGUCCAACUGAUGAAGUAAAGAAAUCAUGUGAUGAACCUUCUUCUUCUGUGCCACAUCCCUUCCAACCAAGCCCAACUGAUGAAGUGAAGCAGAAUCAAAAUAAUGAAACAUCCAACAAAAUAACUGGAACACAAACUGAAUCAGAAUAUCAGGACCAAAUGAUAACUCAGCUGUAAGUCCAGACACCCAGUUCCAGAGCAGGAGCCAGUGCUGGUGCCAGUUACUCCAGAAUUAGUCCAUCCCUGGAUUACACAGCCUUUCUUAGAGAAAUCCUCUUAUGUGGACUUGCUAGCCAUAUUUAUAUUACCCAUUUCUCAGGUCUAAUUUUUUUAAACAAAUUUUGACCAUUUUUAUGUGAUAUCACUAUGCAGCACCUUGUACCAUGAACUUACAGUUAAUAAAAGGCUAUAAACA